ACCCAAACCGAACCCAAAACCAAGACGACCUUUCGAGCGGGUCUCCCCUUCCGCCCUAAAACCCUAGUUCGUAAAGCCCUACCCAGCCCUCUCAAAUAGCGAAAGAAAACAAGGAAGAGAGGCUCGAGAGGCGGGGGGCAAGAAAGAAGAAGGAUGGGGAGCGAUAGCGAGACGGAGAGCAGAUCGAUAAAGGAGAGAAGGAAGUUAAUGGCGCUAGCCCCCAUUGCCAAGCCCCUCGCCGGGAAGAAGCUCCGCAAGCGGACACUCAAGCUUGUCCGAAGAGCUUCUGAGUCGAAAUGCCUAAAAGGAGGAGUUAAGGAAGUGGUAAAGAGUAUUCGUCGUGGUCAAAAAGG